UAAUUUUACUAGUAUUUGUAAGUAUACAAUUUAUACUUAUAAGUUAUUACAGUGUUAAUUUUAAACUUUGAAAAUCUGCAAUUCUCGCUCUAUGACUAGCAAAUUCAUCGAUAAUUUCUUUAUAUGAAAUUUUUUAUUUAAAUGUCCUUUAUAAAAAUGCGACUUUCGCAUAAUUUGGUGCCUCUUUGCAAUUCGCGAACCUGGCAUAGGCACAAUCUGCCAUACCCUUGCUACGCCAUUAUAUGUCCGUGCCGGUCGUUAUCGGUGGUGAUACUGCUGGUGUUGCUGCUGUCAACCUUGUCGGAAACGGCCGUUGACCACGCUUGUCCCAUGAGCAUUUCCGAACCAGUGACCGAUGAAGCUCGGCUGGUGGACGGCAUGCUGCGGAUCGGCAAUCCCGAACGGGUGUAUGACGCGUCGCAGUUCCGGUUCGCGGUGAACGGUUCUGGUUACGAACUGUGCACGUGCACGUUAAAGCCCUGCGUGCUCAAGUGCUGUGAUCGAGGCUACUUGAAGAACCUGUCGUGUCCGGUACCCGACGACAACGAAUCGAUCCGAUCAUUUAUGGUUCUGUGCAAGUGCCUACGGCCGAGCGGGCCUAACUUUAUGGUGGCGGAUGCGACAUGGGGAUACGACCGUGGGGUGGAAGUAAUAAUAAUCAAUAAUAUACGGGACGACCAUACUCGCGCGCGCGUGUGCAAUGUGUGUGAUCGAGCGCGCUGCCUGUUCACGAGUAUCUUCGAGGGUGUUGAAGGUAAUGAUGCCGCGUUUGGAAUAAACGGCGAAAAAUCGGACAAUCGGCCAACGCGCGACACCGCGAGCAGACAUUUAUCGUAUGCUCGCCGCGUACACCACGUCAUGGCCGAUUACGAGUUCGAAGAGUUCCGACAAAUAUUCGAAUCCUUACCCCAACAUCUGAGGGCGUCCGCACAGACAUAUACUUUAGUUCAUGAUGUGUUAUCAGACGAAGAAUCAUCAUCUGAAGCUAUUGUCAAUAAGAAUGUUGACACUAAUAAUACUUUUAAUGUGUUUUCCACAUCAAAUGAAGAUCAAAUUGAACCAAAGAACAAUCAAACUGUGCGUUUGCGACAUGAAAAACGAAGGAGAAAAUUGCCGGAGUUACCAAAAAAUAGAACAGGUUCAACGUUAAGCUUAGCUGAUGAAUUAGGAGAAGUAUUUUCGCCAGACAGAAGGAAAUCGUUUGUGUCCUACAUUCGAGAUUCCGAAUGCCGGUCUCCAGAUUCUGGUAUAUCAUUAGUCCAUUCACCGGAAAGUGCCAAAUCUGGUUCACCACAACAAAUCGAUACCCCAACUCCGGCAUCUUCGUGUUCCUCAGGUCUUCCGCUAUCUCAACUAGAACUCUUAGAAGCAACGCACAGAGGAUUGUAUAAGUUUGUACCUCGACAUCGAGACGAGAUGGAAGUAGACGUUGGUGAUCCAAUUUACGUGCAAAAAGAAGCAGAAGACUGUUGGUGUGAAGGCGUAAACCUUCGCACCGGAACCCAAGGAGUAUUUCCUUCCGCGUACGCGGUAGACGUAGAGUACACGGAAUUCGACUCCGUGACACCUAAGGUGAAACGGGAACGAUUUCUGCUGGGAUACAUGGGUUCGGUAGAAACCAUAUGGCACAAAGGCAAUACUGUGUUGUGUCAAGCUAUACGCAAGAUGACCGAGCGGCCUAAUUGCAAACCACAAUCAUGUAUUCUAGAGGUAUCAGACCAAGGACUUCGAAUGGUCGAUCGUGCCAAAUCUUCUACGAUGCAGACUAGAAAUUCAAGUACACCGUGUCAAGAUUAUUUUUAUUCUUUAAAAAACGUAUCGUUUUGUGCGUUCUACCCGGAAGACAACCGAUACCUGGGUUUUGUUACCAAACAUCCGACGUGCCAAAGAUUUGCGUGUCAUGUGUUUAAAGCCAACGAAUCUUCAAGACCAGUGGCGGAAGCAAUUGGACGUGCUUUUCAAAGAUUCUAUCAGAAAUAUAUAGAAACCGCAUAUCCAGUAGAAGAUAUAUACAUCGAGUGAAUGGAAGAAAAUAUCUUAAUCGGUGUGUUACUGGUUGGUAUUGCGAUGUAGGUGGACCGAAUUGUAUGAAGAUUACAGUUUCCGAACGAACGAUAUAAAUUAAUUUUCUCAAUUUUAAUACUGAGGAAUAAUGCAGCAGCAUUUAGCAAAAAUAAAUUUAACUUGUGAUAUAUUAUACUAAAUAACUAAUUAAUAAUAAUAUCAAUAAUGGAUUAUUCAUUAAAAGUUAGAUCAGUAUUAUAUUUUGUACUCCUUUGAAAUGUUCUCAAAUACGUCUGCACUUAUUAGUAGUCCUCGCAGUUUUAACAAAUUCUUAUUACAGUAAUAAGAAUAUUUAUAUUAUAACUACAAU